AUUUAUGAUGUAUUAAACUUUUUAAUUAAUAAUUUGAUAUGUUUCAGACAGUCUGGCUGAUGUUAAAUACAAUAUAGAUAUGCGUCACUAUAAAACAAGAGAAAAUUUGUAUAACGCAAGGUUUAAGAAAAUAAUAAUAAUUAUAGCAUACGGCAGAUCUGGAUCGACAUUUCUAGGCUCAAUACUUCAGGAAGCCAUGUCAACAUUCUACCUUUAUGAACCUUUCCGAGCUGUUAAAUACUUACAUCAAAAACAGGUUGGCAAAUAUUCACUUUCAAGUGACAGUCCUUGGAUGCAAUAUUCGCAAUUCGGAACAGAAGAGAAAGCUAUUUAUGCGUUUAAUUUCUGGGUUAAUUGUAGUUUAAGUUCCAUAUGCAUACCUCAAUUAAGUGAUGAACAAUCAACGCCAAAUGUACAUGGUUGUUGUGGGAAAAGGUUGUCGAGCAAUAAAAUUGAUACUUCAAACCUGUCGUGUCUGUAUGAAGAAGAAAAAUACUGUCAGAAUUCAACAAUACAAAUCUUUAAAUUUAUACGUAUGAGGAUGAAAAUAGUUUUGCAACUUUUGCAUUUGUUUCCAAAUAUAAAGGUUAUUCAUCUUGUAAGAGACCCUAGAGGAAUAUUUAAUUCAAUAAUGACCAAAACGAAACCAACAGUGCAAAUGCAUUCAGUCGUGAAUUUUUGUGAAAAUCUGAAAACUGAUCUGGCAUAUUCCAAAUUAAUUUUAAAGCAAUAUCCAAACAAAAUAUAUGUUGUAAGUUAUGAAGAUCUUGCUAUUAAUCCAAUAAAAACAGCUAAAGAUAUAUUUCAGUUUGCGAAUUUACGUUUUACAAACGCAAUAAUAAAGUCUAUACUUCUCAAGACGCAAUCAGAUAAGGAUACAUGCAGAUUCUGUGUUAUAAGAAAGAACUCUACAGAAACAUCUUUUAAAUGGAGAUCAACGAUAGAUUUAAGAACUGCGAACUUUAUAUACAAAGCUUGUAAAUUUAGCAAUCUGUUGCUUGGAUACCUUCCAUUAACAGAUGAAAACUCCCUAAGAAACGUUUUAUUGCCGUCAAGAAAACUAGGUGACGUUAAAAGAAAUAUUCUAUCAAACAAGCAACUACAUGUUUGAGGGAUAAUAAUAUUCAAAAAUUCCGAUUUGUUAUUAAAUGUGCAAGACACUAGUUGCAUAAUUAGUUAAUAUGCAGUUACAGCUGAUGUUUGAUUUGACAGCAUUGUUCUUUUUCUAUCGGAUUUAUUCUAUGAUCAGCAUGGAGUGAUUGCAAACACAUACUUUAGGGAAUUUUUCAUCAUUUAUUCAAAAGCAAAGUAAGAAAACAAUGAAUAAUUACAUUAGAAAAAAUAUUUUGUUUUUUCUAAUUUUUACAAAGAACAAAAAUAAGAGUUCAAUGAAUAAUUUCAUUAGAAAAAAAUAUUAUGUUUUAAGUUUAUCUUGUUAAAGUAAAGGCAAUAAAGUAAAUUAAAUGCAUGUAUCUAAUUACAUAAGAAAUAACUGACCUUAUAUAAUAAAG